AUGCAAUUUCCACUGACCAUUUUUUUACACCUUGGGUUGCUCAGUGUCACGAAAGGCCACGAUGAAUGCAGCAGGGGUGCCUGUCAUCCCACCCCUGGCGACCUCCUGGUGGGUCGCAGUGCACAGCUCAUGGCUUCUUCUACCUGUGGGCUGGACGGAGCCCAGAAAUACUGCAUCCUCAGCUACCCUGAGGGGGAACAAAAAUGUUUCAUCUGUGACUCCAGAUUUCCAUAUGACCCAGACACACAAUCCCAGAGCCACACCAUUGAGAACGUCAUUACAAGUUUUGAACCAGAGAGAGAGAAGAGAUGGUGGCAAGCUGAAAAUGGUCUUGAUCAUGUCAGCAUCAGAUUGGACCUAGAGGCGUUAUUUCAGUUCAGCCACCUUAUUCUGACCUUUAAGACGUUCCGUCCUGCUGCGAUGUUAGUCGAACGCUCCACUGACCAUGGACAUACCUGGAAAGUGCUCAAAUACUUUGCAAAAGACUGUGCUACUUCCUUUCCCAAUGUCACAUCGGGCCCGGCCCAGGGACUGGGGGACCUUGUCUGUGACUCCAGAUAUUCAGAUAUUGAACCCUCCUCUGGUGGUGAGGUCGUUUUGAAAGUGUUGGAUCCCAGGUUUGAAAUUGAAAACCCUUACAGCCCCUACAUCCAGGACCUUGUGACACCAACAAACUUGAGGAUCAACUUCACCAAACUCCAUACCCUGGGGGACACCGUGCUUGGAAGGAGGGAAAAUGGUUCCCUGGAUAAAUACUACUACGCUCUGUCUGGGAUGGUGGUUCGGGGCAGCUGCUUUUGCCACGGCCACGCUAGCGAAUGUGGGCCCACGCAGCACGUGCGGGGAGAUGUUUUCGGCCCUCCAGGAAUGGUCCACGGCCGGUGUGUCUGUCAGCACAAUACGGAGGGCCCGCACUGUGAGAGGUGCAAGAGCUUCUUCCAGGACGCUCCGUGGAGGCCAGCAGCAGGCCUCCAGGACAGCACAUGCAGAGCCUGUCACUGCAACGGCCACUCGGACCGCUGUCACUUUGACAUGGCCGCGUACCUGGCGAGCGGCGGCCGCAGCGGGGGGGUGUGUGCGGAAGACUGCCAGCACCACACGGAGGGACAGCACUGUGACCGCUGCAGACCUCUCUUCUACAGGGACCCGCUCAAGGCCAUGUCCGACCCUUACGCGUGCAUCCCUUGCGAGUGUGACCCGGACGGGACCUUAUCGGGUGGCGUUUGUGUGAGCCACUCUGAUCCUGCUCUGGGGUCUGUGGCCGGCCAGUGCUUGUGCAAGGAGAACGUGCAAGGAGCCAAGUGCGACCGGUGCAAACCCAGCCACCAGGGACUGAGCGCCGCCGACCCCCUGGGCCGCCAGCCUGAAUCCUGCAGCUGUAAGCCCCCUGGGAGUCUGCCAUUCUCAGCCUGUGUGGAGAGCGGCCAGUGCCCCUGACAGCCGUUUGCCCCCGGACCACGCUGUGAAGAGUGCACCGUUGGAUACUGGGGACUGGAAAGUCACCUCCACGGAUGUUCUCCCUGUGAUUGUGAUAUUGGAGGUGCUUAUUCCAACGUGUGCUCCCCCGAGGACGGCCAAUGUGAAUGCCGUCCACACGUCACUGGCCGCAGCUGCACCGAACCAGCCCCCGGCUACUUCUUUGCUCCUUUGAAUUUCUAUCUCUACGAGGCAGAGGAAGCCACCCCUCUCCAAGGACUUGCACCUUUGGGCUCAGUGACUUUUGGCCAGGUGCCUGCUGUUCACGUUGUUUUCCAAGAACCGGUUCCUGGAACCCCCAGUGCAUGGACCGGACGUGGGUUUGCCCGGGUUCUCCCUGGGGCUGGCUUGAGAUUUUCUGUGGACCACAUUGCCUUUCCCGUGGACUUCACCAUCGCCAUUCGCUAUGAAACUCAGCCCGCAGCCGACUGGGCUGUCCAGGUCCUGGUUAAUCCCCUCGGAGAGAGCCAGCACUGUACACCUGAGACUCCACGGCCGCGACCUCAGUCUUUCCCUUUACCGGCGACUUCCAGACUCGUGCUGCUUCCCACACCCAUCUGUUUAGAGCCAGAUGUACAAUAUUCCAUAGAUGUCUAUUUUCCCCAGCCUUCGGAAGGGGCUCAUUCACACAUCCUGGUUGAUUCACCUUGUCUGAUUCCCCAGAUCGAUUCCCUGGAGAAUUUCUGCAGCAAGCAGGACUUAGAUGAGUACCAGCUGCACAACUGUGUUGACAUUGCCUUGCAAACAGGACCCCAGGGGCUCCCUGGUGCGUGUGAAAGGCUUAUAGCCAGCAUGGCUGCCAGGCUACACAAUGGGGCAAUAGCCUGCAAGUGUCACCCUCAGGGCUCGGUGGGGCCCAGCUGCAGCCGACUUGGGGGCCAGUGCCAGUGCAAGCCCCACGUGGCCGGGCGCUGCUGUGACCGGUGCCUGCCAGGAAGCCACGGUUUAGGGCGUCAUGGCUGCCUCCCAUGUCACUGCCACCCUCAAGGCUCAAAGAGCAGCGUACGUGACCACAUAAGGGGCCAGUGCGCCUGCCAGGGGGAGGUGGCCGGCCUCCGUUGUGAUCGGUGCCCGGCUGGCUACUUUGGAUUUCCCAGCUGCCGCCCUUGCCUUUGUAACGGUUUUGCUGAACUUUGUGAUCCAGAGACAGGGUCAUGCUUCCGUUGUGGGGGUUUUACAACUGGAAGAAACUGUGAAAGGUGCAUCGAUGGUUACUAUGGAGACCCUCCUUCAGGACAGCCCUGCUGUCCUUGUCCCUGCCCGGAUGUUCCCUCGAGUAAUCGGUAUUUUGCCCAUGCCUGUUAUCGGGAUGCUUGGAGCUCGGAUGUGAUCUGCAAUUGCCUUCAAGGUUAUGCAGGUAAGCAGUGUGCAGAAUGCUCUGCGGGUUUCUAUGGAAAUCCCAGAAUUCCAGGAGCACCUUGCCAGCCAUGUGCCUGCAAUAACAACAUCGAUGUGACUGACCCGGCGUCCUGCAGCCGGGUAACAGGGGAGUGCCGCAGGGGUCUGCACAACACUCAGGGGCCCAACUGCCAGUUCUGCAAACCGGGUCACUUUGGAUCCGCCCUCAAUCAGACCUGCAGAAGAUGUUCCUGUCAUCCUUCUGGUGUGACUCCUGCUGAGUCCCCUGGUCAGGGAGCUUGCCUCCAGGACCCUGGCACAUGGCCUUGUCCCCCCAAGCCACCGGCCAGUUGUGCUGACAGAUCCUGGAACCUGGUCCCUGGCAGAGGAUGGCAGCCAUGCGACUGUGACCCCCGGCCCUCCCACGGUGGCCACUGUGACCGGCUUACAGGCCAGCAUCCAUGCAAAGUAGGCUGUGAUGGGAAACACUGCAGUGAGGGCAAGGACGAUUACUGUGGUGACCCACUGGGGCCGUGCCUUCCCUGUGACUGUACCGCAGAAGGUACCCAGAAGCCCGUCUGUGACCAGACCACAGGCAUGUGUCGCUGUCGGGAGGGUGUGAGCGGCCCUCGCUGUGAUCGCUGUGCCCGGGGUCACAGCCAGGAAUUCCCUGCUCGCCUUCCGUGUCACCGGUGCUUUGAUCAGUGGGACCACACUACUUCCUCCCUCUCCGAAGCAGUGCGAGGGUUAAUUGGUCUGGCUGCGAACAUGGAAGAUAAAAGAGAGACCCUGCUUGUCUGUGAGGCUGACUUCAAAGGCCUCAGAGAGAACAUGUCUGAAAUAGAAAGGAUUUUAAAACAUCCCGUUUGCUCAUCUGGGGAAUUCUUAAAAGUCCAGGAUUAUCAUGACUCUGUUCGGGAACAAGUCACGCAGCUAAGUGUGCAGCUGAAAGCAGUGCGUGAGUUUCGAGAUCUGAGAGAAACACUGGUGACAAUGAAGAACGAAGCCGACCGCUUACUUGAAGAUCUUCGGGAAGAAGCUGAUUUGCGCUCCAGAGCCCGUAAUGCACACAUCAUGGAUUGCUCAGAGACUAUCAAGAGGCAUUAUCAGAGGUCAUCGUCUGCUGAAAAGAAAAUUAACGAGACCUCUUCUAUCAUAAAAAACUCUGAAAAAACCAGGAGUGACUUACUUCACAUCUUCGAUAAGCUAAGCUCAAGAGAAAACUGGUCAUCGGAAAAAUUAAAACAGAUUACAGUACCAGAUAUCCAAAUACUGAUGGAAAAGCUCCAAAAUAUAAGUAAACUGACAGAAGUCUCCAAAGACAAUGCCUUACAGCUGAGUGAGAAACUGAGGACUAUGAAAAACCAAAGUGAAUCCGAAGAAGAAAAAAUGAGUCUUCUGAUCAAAAAACUGAAAAAGUUUUUGUCAGAGGAAAACGUGCCUCCCGAGGACAUAGAGAAGGUUGCAAGCCAUGUACUUGACAUCCACCUACCAAUAACGUCACAAAACCUGACCCAUGAACUUGACAAGAUACGGAAACUGACACAGCUCUGUGAGGACUACAGAGCAGAUGAGGGCAGGCUAAAUAUGGCAGCGGAUGAGGCCCGGAAGGUUUUGGUGAAAGCAAACGGAGCUGAAAAAGCAGCAAAUGUUCUAUUAAAUCUCGACAAAACGCUGAAUAGAUUGCAACAAGUUCAAAUCGCCCAAGGACGGGUUAAUUCUACCAUCACACAGCUGACUGCAGAGAUGACAAAAAUGGAAAAGAACGCGCUGCAGGCUGAAAAGGAAGCCAAGGACACGGAGAACAGGCUGGACUUAGCAAAGCAGCAUUCGGUGCUGGAAGGUGGACUCUCUCGGCUGCGGACCGCCUUGCAUAGGAACGGGGAGCAAGCCACCCGCGUGAGAGCUCAGGCCGCGUCGGCCCAACGCCAGGCUGGGGGCCUCGAACAGGAGUUUGCAGAGCUAACCAACCAAUAUGCUGUUCUUCAACAGAAGACAAGUGCUACUGCACUAACAAAGGUAACAUUAAUUAAAGUGGAACAGCUCAGAGAGGCGGCAGAAAAACUGGCAGUAGAUACAGACGACAAGAUAAGAAGAGUAGCAGAUUUAGAAAAGAAGAUCCAAGAUUUGAAUCUGAGUAGACAAGAAAAAGCUGACCACCUGAAAGAGUUAGAAGAUCAAGUUGUUGCCAUUAAAAAUGAGAUUGUUGAACAAGAAAAUAAAUAUGCUACUUGCUACAGUUAG